GUGGGAUAACGACUCUACAAGCCCGCAAGACAGACCGCCGUACGCCAUGCCUAAGGAAGUUCGGGAUAUCAAGGAAUUCAUCGAGAUCACCCGGCGGAAGGGUGCUUCCCAGACCCGCAUCAAGAAAAUAGCACCUAAAGUCGCGGGGGGAAAGGUGCAGACAAAGUUCAAAGUUCGAACGAAGCGAUACCUUUACACGCUUUCCCUCGAUGACCCUGAAAAAGCAGAGAAGCUCAAGCAGAGUAUGCCUCCAGGUCUGACGGUCAUCGAUGUUGAUCAGACGCCAAAGAAAAAAUAGAGGACUUUGCGUAUCUUUCUCGAGCGCUCACAGUGCUGCUUUUCUACUCGCUUUCGUCUUACUACUACAUCGGUGCCUGAGGUCUGGGGCGGUUGAUAGCCUAAGGGUAGUAGUGUUAGUAUCACCAUGCAUUUAUGCCACUAUGCAGCCCUACACAAACACAAAACUUGAAGAAUGCCUUGCGCCUCAUCACGCAUUCAUGCACUGUAAUGCCAUCCAUUUUUUUU